AUGGGUCCCCCCCUCAAUACCUGGCCUUACAGCCUGCAUAGAGAACUCAACAGCAGUGAUAAAACUAUUCUAGUUAAUAUUGUAGACAAUUUACGUAAUUUAAGUAUAAACUUUACAUUUAUAUUCGUUUUCUUACAAGUGUUCAUAAAUCUUAGUGCGGUUAGCGCGGGACCUGUUGUACUCAGUUUGGACUAUUUACGAGGUUCGGUGCCAAUAGCUAGAAACAUAAGGCAUUUACCAUGCAUAUCAAGAAAAACUGGCCAAGAGGGACUGUGUAUGUUCGCGAUAGACUGUCUUAAAGCAAACGGAACUCAUUUGGGGACAUGUAUAGACAGGUUUUACUUCGGUUCCUGCUGCCAGCUGACAGAUAAAUCUGCUAUACCAAAUAUAGCGGCCAAUAAUAUUGAGGACAACGCGAUAGAUGGCGCUAGUUUCGUUCAUCCGCUCAUAGAUCAUAAAAUCCAUAGCCAUAUAAGUAAAAAACCUGAUAUUAUAAACGCGAACAAGCCAUUACAAGAUGAUAUCACUACUAAGAAACCAACUACAGUUCUGGAAGCGACUAGCUCAAUCAAAAUGGAGUCGAAAUCUGAUGAAAAUGUAUCUGUUAAUAAUAUAACAAGUGAUAUUAAGACUACAGAAGCUGUAACAGCUAUCAAAGAAGCUACAACACAAUCCAUGAAAGUAUCUGUAAAUGAAGUGACAGAGAUUCCCAUUAAAUUGUCAACAUUCCAAACAGUAUCCGCUGCUGCUAACACAGCAACCGCAGCUCCAGAAACCAAACCCACUAAACCACCAGACGAACCAGUCAAACCAACAAGGAAACCGAUCAAACCUACCUAUAAACCUAGACCAUACAGACCAACUAAUUUUACUAGACCUCCAAUAAGUCCUAAACCAAAACCGACGAAGCCUAUCUCAUUAUACAAUACAACAAGAAAACCACCUUACCGACAGCCCCCGAAACGUAAUUCAACCAAAAAACCACUGCCAUCACCACCAAGACUUAAUAUAACAAUCAUACCUCAAUCUACAAGUUCACGACCCACAUUUACAAGGCCUUCCUCUAGUGUAAUUACAUACAUCAACUCAACAACACCUAAAGUAGAAGAGCCCCCAGCAACAACAAUAAAAAUAACUCCAACAGAAACUACAACAUUAAAGACCACAACUACAACAACACCACCACCAACAACAACAGUCGCAUCUACUACUACAUCUACUACAACUACAACUACUACUACUACUACAACCACAACUCCCCCACCAACAACAAUCAUAACACCAACAACAAUCAUAACAACAACAGAAUCGAUCCCAACAGCAACAGAACGCGCCACUAUAACAACAGAAAAUAUCGUAACCGAAACUUUACCCGAAACUUUAGCCACGGAAGAAGUAACAGAGAUACCAACAGAAAGAAAUACAGAGAGAAUUACAACAGAACUCGAACCAAAACCAACAGAAGAGAAAGAGAAAGAAACUGCGACAGAAAGUAUCACGACAGUUGUCACAGAAAAGGUGACGUCACAGGAUGUCAUUGAAAAAGACACCGUAAAACCAGCCACUGAAGUCGAAAACCCUGUGACAACGAAACCAACCACUGACUACCCUCCGUUUGUAACUUGGACCAACGAGGCGAGUUCGAAAGCGCCAUCUACUGACAACGACGAUUGGUCCCCAAUCACACCGCCCGACGGUUGGGUCUUAAUAUCAACGAUGUCUCCAAAACCUGAAACAACAACAACAGUUAGACCACAAACAACAGAAGCUGAAACACAAAAACCAACUUCAGUUGUAACUGAAGCGACUUCAAUUUUAACAUCAACUUCAACAACAGCGUCACCAACAUCAGAAAUUGAGUUUGUUGUAAACGUGACGCUGUCCCCUACAGCGCCAAUUCCUACGUCAAGCAUGGCGCCAACAACAGAAACAAAUGUCACUUCGCAAACAACAACAACAACACUAGCUGCUCUUACCACUAUAGCUAACGUGACGACCACAGAGGCUACAACAACUAUUAAAACGACCACAGAAUCAUACAACAUGUCCAAUUACAAAGAAGUAUGCGGUAGGCGCAUGUGGCCGCAGGCGAGGAUCGUCGGCGGGGCGAAGUCCGGCUUUGGGCAAUGGCCCUGGCAGAUAUCGUUGAGACAGUAUAGGACUUCGACCUACCUCCAUAAGUGUGGAGCAGCUUUACUGAACGAGAACUGGGCUAUCACAGCCGCUCAUUGUGUUGACAGGGUACCUCCAUCGGAGCUCCUGGUGCGUCUAGGUGAAUAUGAUCUAGCUAAUGAAGAUGAGCCUUACGGCUUCGCUGAGAGGCGAGUCCAGAUAGUCGCCAGUCAUCCUCACUUCGACCCGGCUACCUUUGAAUAUGAUCUGGCUUUACUGAGGUUCUAUGAGCCGGUUACGUUCCAACCGAAUAUUCUUCCCGUGUGUGUGCCUGAUGAUGAUGAUACUUACGUCGGGAGAACAGCCUACGUCACGGGAUGGGGACGUCUGUAUGACGAGGGUCCUCUACCGAGUGUGCUUCAAGAGGUCGAGGUGCCUGUGAUCAAUAAUACAGCGUGUGAGAGUAUGUACCUAGCGGCAGGGUAUAAUGAGCAUAUACCAAACAUAUUCAUAUGUGCCGGAUGGAAAAAGGGAGGUUCGGACAGCUGUGAAGGCCUUAAACCCAUAGCGCCUUGUGUGUUACCACUAUCAAAAGCCAAGGUUGCGAAUCUUUCUUACAACACAAGCCAUGCUCUAUUUGGUAAGGGGAAUGACCUCUCCAACUCUCAAGCCCCUGACUAUCACAAGAAUCAUCCCCAUAGGCCAUAG